GCUCGGGCUCGCUGGGAGCCUCCGCCGGCCGGGCAGGAUGGUGGUGUGCGGCCUCGCCUGCUGGAGGUGCAGGUGGCUCCUGCCCCUGCUGCUGGGCCUGGCCAUCAUCAUGGGCAUCAUCGCCCUGGCGGGCAGGGGCUGGCUGGAGUCGGAGUCGGAGCCCUACGUGCAUCAAGCGUCGCUGUGGGACAGCUGCACGCGGAGCGAGGAGGACCUCAACUGGAGCUGCGAAUCCCUCAUGGACUACGGAUGGGGGAGAGCAGCAGCUGCCACGUACCUCGUUGGCUUUGUGAUCCUGGUCAUCUGUUUCGCCCUUGCAGUCAUCGCAUUCUCGAUCGAGAUACUCCGCUUCAACUUUGUGCGAGGAAUUGGAGGCUUGCUCUUUGUUGUUGCUGCAUUCCAGAUCAUAGGUUUGGUCAUCUACCCAGUGAAAUUCGCAGAAGAAAUUCCACUGAUGGGAGAUAAUAUGUUCAGCUGGGCCUAUGGCUUUGGUUGGGCCAGCACUGUUGUUGUAAUCGGUUGUGCUUUCUUCUUCUGCUGCCUCCCCAACUGGGAAGACGAAGUCCUCGGAAACAUCAAGCCUACCUAUUACUACUCUUCCCCAGAGAGAGCACCAUACUUAAAUUGAAAGAUUAAAUCCAAGUACAAUCAACUGUCAAAACAACAGAGGAGCACCUCUGAUGUAAAUUUGGUGCAAUUAUAGGAGACUGAAUAAACCACCUUAUUUUUCCAGAGUAUUUCUUACUAGCCCUGGCAAUAAAUUAGUAAAAACAUUGGCAUCUUUAAGCAAAUAGCUUUUACCUAAAGUAUUAUUUACCUAUUCUCAUGUCGAUUCUGUUUGGGUGGUUUACUUGCUCCUUCCCCUCCCAACUAAUUGAGUCAUCCUUAUUUUAUUCAAACGUUUGCUUAUGAAUAAAGAUGUAGUGUUUCAAGUGUAGAAAGGAAGAGGAGAGAUUUUAAACAACCCCUUAGAGGGACCUGCAAGUUAUUUUGUUUUCACCUCUGACAAAAUUGCCUUAAAUGGAACUAGAAAAAAACCAACCUUCCAAAGAAUGCUUUUUCUUCCACCAAAGUCAGUCCCAAGGAAGGAACUUCCCUGAGACUAUUGCAGUCACCUGCUGCCUAAGAAUCUCUUCUCAUUCCUGUUACUGGACUAUUGUUGACUAUUAGCUAUUUGAAUUAAGGGGAAAAUAAAAUUAAAAUUUAUUUUCCAUCAAUUGGUGCUGUUGGAUGGAGAUCUCCUCUAAAGCAUGGAGCUGGUGUGUAUAACAGUGGCUGAUGUAACACUGGUGGUUUUGCGGCCACUGCAGGACUUGUGAU